AUGAGAGCCAAGUCUUCAGAGAUUGGAGCAAAUUCUCCAAUGAGAUCCAGAUCUCCAAGGAGAUCCAAAUCUCCAGUGAUAUCCAAGUCUCUCAAGAGGAGAGGCAAGACUCUAAAGACUAGAGCACAGUCUCCAAGGAGAUCCAAAUCUCCAAUGAGAUCCAAAUCUCCAAAGAGGAGAGUCAAGACUUCAAAGACUAGACCAAAGUCUCCAAGGAGAUCCAAAUCUCCAAUGAGAUCCAGGACUCCAAGGAGAUCCAGAUCUCCAAGGAGAUCCAAAUCUCCAAGGAUAUCCAGCUCUCCAAUGAGAUCCAUAUCUCCAAAGAGAUCCAAAUCUCCAAUGAGAGCCAAAACUCCAAUGAGGAUAGUCAAGACUCUAAAGACGAGAGCAAAGUCUCCAAGGAGAUCCCAAUCUCCAAUGAGAUCCGGAUCUCCAAAGAGAUCCCAAUCUCCAAUGACAUCCAAAUCUCCAAAGAGGAGAGUCAAGACUCCAAAGACUAGAGCAAAGUCUCCAAGGAGAUCCAAAUCUCCAUUGAGAUCCAGAUCCAAAUCUCCAAGGAGAUCCAAAACUCCAAUGGGGAGUGUCAAGACUCCAAAGAUGAGAUCCGGAUCUCCAAGGAGAUCCAAAUCUCCAAAGAUGAAAGCCAAGUCUCCAAAGAGGAGAGCAAAGCCUCAGGGGAAGAAAUCGGGCUUCACAGUGUCCAACCUGAUACUGGAGGGUGUUUCUCCUUUCACAGAGCGCCACAGGAUGUCCCUGGCAGCCUUGAAGAAGGCUCUGCAGGCUGGAGGAUACGAUGUUGCGAGGAACAAUGCCAGGGUCCUCCUCACCAUCAGACGCCUAGUGGCCAACAAAGCUUUGGUUCAGAACAAGGUCACCUCAGGCUCCUUCAAGGUGAACAAAAAGACUCCAAAGACGAGAGCAAAGUCUCCAAUGAGAUUCAAAUCUCAUAUAGUGGUUGAUUAUUAA